AUGGCGUCCUCGGGCGCCGGCGGAGAGCCGUCCAGGUCCGCCAUCGUGUCCGACACGACGAGCGGGCACCACCUCCUCACCAUCCACGGCUACACCCGCACCAAGGUUACGCCCACCGGGAAGUGCGUCAUGUCUCGACCCUUCACCAUCGGCGGCCGUCGCUGGUGCAUCGAGUACUAUCCCAACGGCAUACGUCCGGAGGUCGCGGAUUUCGUGUCCGUCUCCCUGGUGUUGUACGAAGACGUGGCGGCGGGGGUGAAGGCCCAGUACGACAUGUGUCUCGCCGGCGGGGAGGAGGAGGCGCUUCAAGCGGCGUCGAUGGCGUCGAGAUCGGUGGACGAAUUCACCUCCUGGGGCGGCUGGGAGUACGCGACCUUCAUCAGCAGGAAGGACCUGGAGAGCUCCGAGCAUCUCAGGGGCGAUUCGUUCACCAUCCGGUGCGACAUCGUCGUUGUCCGCGAUUGCCGCGCGGUGGACGACGCUGCGGCCUUCGUCUCCGUGCCCCCAUGCGACCUGCGCCAGAACCUCGGCAGGCUCCUCGAGACCGAGAUGGGUGCCGACGUGGUGUUCGAGGUCGGCAGUGUCACUCUGCCCGCGCACAGGUGCGUGCUCGCGGCCUGCUCGCCGGUCUUCGCUGCCAAGCUCUUUGGACCCAUGAAGGAGGGCAAUGCUGCCGGCGCGGUGGUGCGCGUGGAAGACAUGGAGGUUGAGGUAUUCAAGGCGCUGCUCUGUUUCGCUUACACUGGCUCGUUGCCGGAGACGCCCAAGGAAGACGAAGAAGUCACCUGCCAGCAUUUGCUCGUCGCGGCGGACAAGUACAACAUUGGGCGGCUGAAGCUGAUCUGUGAGCAGAAGCUGUGCAAGCACAUCAACGUCAGCACAGCGGCGACCAUCCUGGCGUUGUCCGAGCAGCACGGUUGUGGGGGGCUGAAGAAGGCGUGCUUCAAUUUUCUCACUGCUCCGGCGAAUCUGAGAGCCGUCGUGGCCACAGAUGGCUUCCAACUUCUGAACAUGAGCUGCCCGUCUCUUAUGGUCGAGCUAAUUGCCAUGUCCUCCGCGCAUUAG